CCGGGAGUCCUUUCCCUUGUCAAUGCGUUCAGAGGAAUAGGGGGCGGUCGGUUCUUGUUAACAACGUAUCCAGACUGCUACAAUGGAGAAAAAGGUAGCCAGAGAAUUCAGGCACAAGGUGGACAUAUUAAUUGACAGUGAUGCAGAGAAAGACUACCUGUAUGAUGUUCUACGCAUGUACCACCAGUCGAUGGAUCUCCCUGUUCUGGUGGGAGAUCUAAAGCUGGUGAUAAAUGAGCCAAGUCGUCUGCCAAUGUUUGAAGCAAUCCGGCCACUUAUUCCCUUGAAGCACCAAGUAGAAUACGACAGCCUGACACCAAAACGAUCUCGGAAACUAAAAGAGGUGCGUUUGGACCGGACACAUCCUGAAGGACUAGGGCUAAGCGUACGCGGUGGACUGGAGUUUAGCUGUGGCCUCUUCAUCUCCCAGUUGGUGAAUGGGGGACAAGCAGACAAUGUUGGCUUGCAGCUGGGUGAUGAGAUUGUUCGGAUCAAUGGCUACUCGAUUGAAUCCUGCACGCACGGGGAAGUGAUAAAUCUCAUCCGCACCAAAAAGACUGUCUCGCUGAAAGUUAGACAUGUUGGAAUGAUUCCGGUCAAAAGUUCCUCCGAGGAAUCCUUGAAAUGGCAGUUUGUGGACCAGUUUGUGUCGGAUGCAGGGGAUGGGAAGAUCAGUUUAGCUGGAUUGGCUUCACUGGGAAACAAGGAAAUAAGGGAAAAGAAGGUUUUCAUUAGCUUGGUUGGUGUAAAAGGCAUGGGAUGCAGCAUAUCCAGUGGCCCCACCCAGAAGCCGGGGAUCUUCAUCAGUAACAUUAAACCAGGGUCGGUUUCUGCAGAGGUCGGCUUAGAGGUUGGAGAUCAAAUUGUUGAAGUGGAUGGAGUUGAUUUUACGAAUGUGGAGCACAAGGAGGCAGUCCGAAUAUUGAAAAGUAGCAGGAGCCUCACGCUUGUUGUUCUCACCGGUGCGGGUAAAGAACUAUUCCAGACUGAAGAAGAACGGAUGAAUGACUAUUACCGACAUGAAAGGGAACGGCAGGAGCUAAUGCAGCAGAAAAGGCUUGCGUUGGAAACCAACAAAAUUGUGAAGGAACAACUAGAGAAAGAGAGGCAAAGGAAGUUGGAGAUAACACAGAAAACUGCGGAAGAACAAGAGAGAUUUCAAAAAGAAAUUGAACAGAUUGAAGUGCAAGAACAGAAGUUCAAGAAGGAAUGGGAUGAAGACUGGGGAGAACGGGAUCGGGGACGGGAGCAACCCAGAAGUCUAAUGUCUACAGGAGCUGAUAUAAUUCCACAUCCUCCGCCGGAAAGUAAAAAAGACACAACGACCGACGAUCACACUCAAUUAACAGCGGAUGAACUGACAGAACAAGCUGUGGAAUUGAGAAAGGAUCAGGGCUUUCAGAAAUAUGUGGAGGACUUUGAUCCGUAUUCCAUGUUCACAUCAGAACAGAUUGUGGGAAAAGAUGUUCGCCUCUUACGAAUUAAGAAGGAUGGAUCGCUGGACCUUGCAGUUGAAGGGGGCAUCAACUCUCCACUUGGAAAGAUAGUUGUGUCUGCUAUCUAUGACGGAGGAGCCGCAGACAAACAUGGCGGAAUAGUGAAAGGAGAUCAAAUAAUGGCGGUGAAUGGGAAGAUCCUGGUAGAUGCCACUCUACCUGAAGCCCAGACGACGUUGGCAAAGUCUUGGAACAGUGGCGGCGACUGGAUAGAUUUGGUUAUCGCAGUGUCUCCACCAAAGGAUUAUGAGGAUGAAGUGACAUUCUUCUGAUAAAAGAGCAACAUGUGAUAUCAUGAAGACUGCUUCUCCAAGAAUCAAAUCAUAAAGUCCUUUGUUUUAA